CAAACCUCGCGUAUGUAACGUUACUUUGUACUACAGCCUCUCAUUUCGUUUAGCCCUUCGGUAAUGGACAAUCCAACCCACAGACGGUGCACACUACCGUGUCUCAGCCUUCGCAUCGCCAACGCCGCCGUCAUCCUCCUCUUACUAUCCCCAGCGGCGGUCACCCCUGCGGCCAGCCAUCCAGGCCAUGAUACCGGCGUCCACAGCAACUACCUCGUCAUCGUGCGCACGCCGUAUGAGUACGACCAGAACCUGUACAAGAACUUGUCGAGCUGGCACGCGUCGCUCCUGGCGUCGGUGUGCGACAUGGCCAAGGAGGCGCUGGCUGCGGACCCGGCCUCCGUGCCGCGGCUCAUCUACUCCUACCGCAGCGUCGUGAACGGCUUCGCCGCCCGCCUGACGCCGGACGAGGUGGAGAUGAUGUCCAAGAUGGACUGGUUCGACAGGGCAGUCCCCGAGCAGACGUACCACCUCCUGACCACACGCACGCCGCAGAUGCUCGGGCUCAUGGGCGGCCGCGGCGCUGGCGGCUUGUGGAACACCAGCAACAUGGGCGAGGGCGUCAUCAUCGGGGUCCUCGACGAUGGCAUCUACGCCGGGCACCCGUCGUUCGACGGGGCGGGGAUGAAGCCGCCGCCGGCCAAGUGGAAGGGCAGGUGCGAUUUCAACAAGACGGUGUGCAACAACAAGCUCAUCGGCGCACGGUCCUACUUCGAGUCGGCCAAGUGGAAGUGGAAGGGACUUCGUGACCCGGUGCUUCCGAUCAGCGAGGGCCAGCACGGGACGCACACGUCGAGCACGGCGGCCGGCGCGUUCGUGCCCAACGCCAGCGUCUUCGGCAACGGUCUCGGCACGGCGACCGGCAUGGCCCCCCGCGCGCACAUUGCGUUCUACCAGGUGUGCUAUGAGGAGAAAGGCUGUGAUCGGGAUGACAUAUUGGCGGCGAUGGACGAUGCCAUCGAGGACGGCGUCGACAUCCUCUCGCUCUCGCUUGGGCAUGAGGAUGCUGUGGACUUUUCAGACGACCCCGUCUCACUUGGAGGUUACUCGGCGAUCCUGAACGGCGUGUUCAUCUGCACAGCCGCAGGCAACACCGGCCCGAGUCCGGGAACCCUCGUCAACGAGGCGCCGUGGCUGCUCUCCGUGGGAGCGAGCACCAGCGACAGGCGAUUCUUGGCCACCGUGAAGCUCGGCGGUGGGGUUGAGCUUGACGGAGAGUCGCUCAAUGAUCUCAACACCACCAUGGGCGAGCAGUGCCCGUUGGUGCGCGACGUGGGUGACGGCACGUGCUCCAGCGAGAGUGUGUUGGUAGCAGAGAAUAUCACCGGAAAGAUCAUCGUUUGCGAAGCUGGUGGUAACGUCAGCACCGCGAAGGCCAAGGUGGUAAAGCACGCCGGCGCGGCCGGCAUGAUCCUGGUCACCCCGCAGGUGUUCGGUCUGAUUGUCAUGCCGAGGCCGCACGCCCUCCCGACGGUUCAAGUCCCCUACGCGGCGGGGCAGAAGAUCAGGGCUUACAUCCAGUCCUCACGGAACGCGACGGCAACGUUCCUAUUCAAAGGAACAACGUUCAACGCGCCACAGUCGCCGAUGGUCGCACCCUUCUCGUCGCGGGGGCCGAACAGGCGGAGCCGUGGAAUUCUGAAGCCCGACAUCAUCGGCCCCGGGGUGAACGUCCUCGCCGGCGUCCCCACUAUUGUGGACGUGGAGUUCCCGCCAAAGGUUCUGACGCCCAAGUUCGACAUCAAGUCCGGCACGUCCAUGGCGGCACCGCACCUGAGCGGGAUCGCCGCUCUGAUCAAGAGCGCGCACCCGACAUGGUCGCCCGCAGCCAUCAAAUCUGCCCUGAUGACAACGGCCGAAACCACCGACAACCUCAGGAAGCCCAUCGCCGACGUGGACGGCAGGCCGGCGAGCUUUCUCGCCGUGGGCGCCGGGCACGUGAACCCGCAGAGGGCCAUGGACCCGGGGCUCGUGUACAACAUGACGGUCAAGGACUACGUGCCGUACCUGUGCGGGCUCAACUACACGGACCAGAAGGUGAACACGAUCAUCUACCCGGAGCCGGCGGUAUCGUGUGCCAAUGUGACAAAACUCGAACAGGAUGACCUUAACUACCCGUCCAUCACCGCCAUCCUCGACCAGCCGCCCUUCACCGUGAAGGCCAACCGCUCCGUAACCAACGUCGGUGCCGCCAGCUCGACGUACGUCGUGGAGGUCGACGUGCCAGCGUCAGUGAAAGUGGAGGUGAACCCGACGAAGCUGACGUUCAAGACGCUGGACGAGGUCUUGAACUACGCCGUCACUGUCAAGUCGGAGUCCGGCCGGGCUCCAGCCGGCACGGUCGAGGGGCAGCUGAAGUGGGUCUCCGGCAAGUAUGUCGUGCGCAGCCCGAUCCUGAUCACGCCCGGGACCGGCAGGGCAGCGCCGGCCACACAUAAACCCUAA